AUGUCUCGUCGGUACUCGAGAAAAUUUGGCCGGGAUGCUCGUGUGUUGGACGCUCAUGGUAAUGUCUCUGGCGAGCACUUGCGCCACCCGCUUCAAGGUAGCGAGAGGCUUCGGUAA